AUGGCGUCGGCCAGGACUGGCAGCGGGGACGGGCACAGCGGGCAAGUGGCCCUGCCCUACAAGCCCUACUUCUACAUUGCCACCCAGAAGGGCUGCGAGCUAGAAGUGUCGUCCUUCCUCGCCAAGAAGUUCCAAGGCAAGAUUGCAAAGCUGGAAACUGUCCCUAAAGAAGACUUGGACCUGCCAAACCACUUGGUGGGCCUGAAGAGGAACUACAUCAAGCUGUCCUUCAACACAGUGGAUGACCUGGUGAAGGUGCGGAAGGAGAUCUCUCCUGCUGUGAGGAAAAACAGAGAGCGAGACCAGGCGAGCGAUGUCUACACGGCCAUGCUGUCAAGUGCUCUGAGCGGAGGCAGCCUGAGCACGGAAGAGGAGGGGUCUUCCAGAAAGGUUGCCAACCAGAUGGACAACAUUGUGGAUAUGCGGGAGUACGACGUACCCUACCACGUUCGCCUCUCCAUUGACCUGAAGAUCCACGUGGCUCACUGGUACAACGUGCGAUACUGGGGCAGCACCUACCCCCCUGAAAUCACCCGCCGAGACGACCUCGUGGAGCGACCGGAUCCUGUUGUUCUCGCCUUUGACAUUGAAACUACCAAACUCCCUUUGAAGUUUCCUGAUGCAGAGACAGACCAGAUCAUGAUGAUCUCCUACAUGAUUGAUGGGCAGGGCUACCUGAUCACAAACAGGGAGAUCGUCUCUGAGGAUAUUGAAGACUUCGAGUUUACUCCCAAGCCGGAGUAUGAGGGUCCAUUUUGUGUCUUUAAUGAACCAGAUGAAGCUCAUUUAAUCCAGAGGUGGUUUGAACAUGUCCAGGAGACCAAACCCACAAUCAUUGUCACGUACAAUGGAGACUUCUUUGACUGGCCCUUUGUGGAAGCAAGAGCGGCAGCUCAUGGAGUUAAUAUGUAUCAGGAAAUUGGGUUUCAGAAGGACAGCCAGGGAGAGUACAAAGCAUCCCAGUGCAUCCACAUGGACUGUCUAAGGUGGGUGAAGAGAGACAGCUACCUCCCAGUGGGAAGUCACAACCUGAAAGCAGCAGCUAAAGCAAAACUGGGUUACGAUCCAGUGGAGCUGGACCCUGAAGAGAUGUGCCGGAUGGCUACAGAGGAGCCUCAGACCCUGGCCACCUAUUCAGUGUCCGACGCAGUUGCUACCUAUUACAUGUAUAUGAAGUAUGUGCAUCCUUUCAUUUUUGCCUUGUGCACCAUCAUUCCCAUGGAGCCUGAUGAGGUCUUAAGGAAAGGAUCUGGGACACUGUGUGAGGCACUGCUGAUGGUUCAGGCUUAUCACGCCAACAUCAUCUUCCCCAACAAGCAGGAGCAGGAAUUCAACAAACUUACAGAAGAUGGCCAUGUGCUGGACUCGGAGACGUACGUGGGAGGCCACGUGGAAGCGCUGGAAUCUGGGGUCUUCCGCAGUGACAUCCCCUGCCGCUUCAAAAUGAAUCCCGCUGCCUUCGACUUCCUGGUGCAGCGCGUGGAAAAGACACUGCGGCACGCCAUCGAGGAGGAGGAGGGUUUGCCAUUGGAUCAAGUCACCAACUUCCAGGAGGUUUGUGAUGAAAUCAAGGUCAAGCUGAAUUCCCUGAAAGAUGUUCCAAACAGAAUUGAGUGUCCCCUUAUCUACCAUCUAGAUGUGGGAGCUAUGUACCCCAAUAUCAUUCUGACCAACAGGUUGCAGCCCUCAGCCAUGGUGGAUGAGGCCACGUGUGCUGCCUGCGACUUCAACAAGCCGGGUGCCAACUGUCAGCGCCGGAUGACUUGGCAGUGGAGAGGAGAGUUCAUGCCUGCCAGCCGCAGUGAGUAUCACCGCAUCCAGCAGCAGCUGGAGUCGGAGAAGUUCCCUCCCCUGUCCGCCGAGGGACCACCCCGCGCCUUCCACGAGCUCUCCCGGGAAGAACAGGCGAAGUACGAGAAAAAGCGGCUGGCAGAUUACUGCCGUAAGGCAUACAAGAAGAUCCACAUCACCAAGGUGGAGGAACGAGUCACCACCAUCUGCCAGCGAGAGAACUCUUUCUAUGUGGACACGGUGCGAGCUUUCAGGGACCGCCGCUAUGAGUUCAAGGGGCUACACAAGGUGUGGAAGAAGAAGCUGUCUGCAGCAGUGGAGACAGGAGAUGCCUCUGAAGUGAAGCGCUGCAAGAACAUGGAGAUCCUAUACGACUCCCUGCAGCUGGCCCACAAGUGCAUCCUCAACUCUUUCUAUGGCUACGUCAUGCGGAAAGGAGCUCGCUGGUACUCCAUGGAAAUGGCUGGCAUCGUCUGUUUCACAGGAGCGAGUAUCAUCACCCAGGCCAGGGAACUGAUUGAGCAGAUCGGGAGACCUCUGGAACUGGAUACCGAUGGGAUUUGGUGUGUCCUCCCCAACAGCUUCCCAGAGAACUUUGUCAUCAAGUCAACCAACGCCAAGAAGCCGAAGGUGACAAUCUCCUACCCUGGUGCCAUGCUGAACAUCCUGGUGAAGGAAGGCUUCACAAAUGAUCAGUACCAGGAACUGCAGGACCCAGCCUCUCUCACCUAUGUCACGCGCUCAGAGAACAGCAUCUUUUUUGAAGUGGAUGGACCAUAUCUGGCCAUGAUCCUCCCAGCUUCCAAGGAGGAGGGCAAGAAGCUGAAGAAAAGGUACGCAGUAUUCAACGAGGAUGGGUCCCUGGCCGAGCUGAAGGGGUUUGAGGUGAAGCGCCGGGGAGAGCUGCAGCUGGUGAAGAUAUUCCAGUCUUCUGUGUUUGAAGCCUUUCUGAAAGGCAGCACCCUGGAGGAGGUCUACGCUUCUGUGGCCAAGGUGGCAGAUUACUGGCUGGAUGUGCUCUACAGCAAGGCUGCCAACAUGCCUGAUUCAGAGCUCUUUGAGCUGAUCUCGGAGAACAGGUCCAUGUCGCGCAAGCUGGAGGACUAUGGGGAGCAGAAGUCCACCUCCAUCAGCACUGCCAAGCGCCUGGCAGAGUUCCUGGGGGACCAGAUGGUGAAGGAUGCAGGGCUGAGCUGCCGAUUCAUCAUUUCCAAGAAACCAGAAGGGUCUCCGGUCACCGAGAGGGCCAUCCCCCUCGCCAUCUUCCAAGCUGAGCCCAGCGUGCGCAAACACUACCUCCGAAAAUGGCUGAAGAGCCCCUCGCUGCAGGACUUCAACAUCCGCGCGAUUCUGGACUGGGACUACUACAUCGAGAGACUGGGCAGCACCAUCCAGAAAAUCAUCACCAUUCCUGCAGCCCUGCAGCAGGUAAAGAACCCAGUGCCACGGGUCCGGCACCCAGACUGGCUCCACAAGAAGCUCCUGGAGAAAAAUGAUGUGUACAAACAGAAAAAAAUCAAUGAGCUCUUCACUUCAGAAGGCAAGAGACAGGUCCUUUCCAACCAGCCCCCAGAGGGGAUGCCCAGCUCACAGAUUGGGGACAUAGAGGACUUUGGGGCUGCCAAGACCCUUCGGCCAUCGCUCCCCGUUGCAAAUAAGCGGAAGCGAGUCCCUGCAGCAGAGGAAAGCCAACAGAUGUCCCAGUACCUGGAGCUAUCUCAGUCCUGGCGAGAGAUCCUGGGUCCGCCUCCGCCGCUGGGCACCACCAAGGAGGAGCGGCUGGUCUGGCUCCCCUACCACCAAAGGAAGUGGGAGCUGCAGGCUCGGCAGCGGCGGGAGCGGCGGAAGAGGCGGCGUCUGGAGGACGGUGGGGUGGCAGCAGGUGGAGGAGUGGUCCGCGAUGCCCUCUCCAAAGGGCUGAGCAGCUACCUCCGCAAGACAGCGCGUAGCAUCCUGGACUUACCCUGGCAGAUUGUGCAGAUCGCUGAGACCAGCCAGCCUGGGCUGUUCAGGCUGUGGGCAGUGAUCGGGAGCGACUUGCACUGCAUGAGGCUGAGCAUCCCCCGGGUCUUCUACGUCAACCAGCGCGUCCCGAAGCCGGAGGAGGGAGCAGCGUACAGGAGGGUGAACAGGAUCCUGCCCCGAUCAAACUUAGUUUACAACCUGUACGAAUACUCUGUCCCUGAAGACAUGUACCAAGAGCACAUCAAUGAAAUCAAUGCCGACCUCUCUGCUCCGGACAUCGAGGGAGUGUAUGAGACGCAGGUGCCGCUUCUCUUCCGUGCCCUGAUCCAUCUGGGCUGUGUGUGCGUGGUCAGCCGGCAGCUCGUCAGGCACCUGGCGGGGCGGGAGGCCGAAACCUUUGACAUCGAGCAGCUGGAGAUGCGCUCGCUGGCCCAGUUCACCUACCUGGAGCCAGGCAUCUUGUCACACACAGAGGGGAGAGCCCCCUGGAACUGUGCAGCCUGGGGUCCCUCUCCCCCAGCUCUGACCCAGUCCCCCUUGGGCACAGUACGCAGCAACCAGAUGCCGAAUCUCACCACCCUCUUCUCGGCGGAGCGCAGUGCGCUGCUGGAAAAGGCAGGCGAAGAGCUGCUGCCCCCCGACAAGCACACCUUUGAAGUGCGCGCCGAGACCGACCCCAAGGCAGUCUACAGAGCUGUCCAGCGGCUGCUGCUGGGCUACAAGAGGCUGCCUCAUCCCUUGAUGGGACAGGCGGGGUUCCCUGUCUUCUCUGCAGCUGUGCUCACCCCGACGCCGUUCACCUCUCUGUGCCCCAGGUACUACCACAUCCCCAUUGGGAACCUCCCCGAUGACAUCUCCACCUUUGGCUCUGACCUGUUCUUCUCGCGCCACCUCCGUCGUCACAACCAUUUGCUGUGGCUCUCGCUCACGGCCCGCCCAGACCUGGGGGGUAAGGAGGCUGAUGACAACCGCCUAGUCAUGGAGUUUGAUGAGAGAGCCUCCGUGGAGAUAAACAACCCCGGCUGCUACUCCACAGUGUGUCUGGAGCUGGACAUCCAGAGCCUGGCUGUAAACACAGUGUUGCAGUCCCACCACAUAAACGACAUGGAAGGAGGCUCCAGCAUGAGUAUCAGCUUUGACGUGAUUCAGCAGGCGUCCCUAGAAGACAUGGUGACGGGGAACCAAGCUGCCAACAUCCCGGCCAGCUAUGAUGAAACUGCCCUCUGCUCCAACACUUUCAGGAUCCUGAAGAGCAUGGUGGUGAGCUGGGUGAAGGAGAUCACACAGUAUCACAAUGUCUACGCAGACAACCAGGUCAUUCACUUUUACCGCUGGCUCCGCUCUCCUUCUUCCCUGCUCUAUGACCCAGCGCUGCACCGCACGCUCCACAACAUGAUGAAGAAGCUUUUUCUGCAGCUGGUGGCUGAGUUCAAGCGUCUGGGCUCCUCGGUGGUUUAUGCCAACUUUAACCGGAUCAUUCUGUGCACCAAGAAGCGGCGCAUUGAGGAUGCCAUCAGCUACAUGGAGUACAUCAUCAACAGCAUCCACUCCAAGGAGAUCUUCCACUCUCUGACCAUCUCCUUCUCCCGCUGCUGGGAGUUCCUGCUCUGGAUGGAUCCAGCAAAUUAUGGAGGUAUCAAGGGAAAAGUGGAUUCUCGCAUCCACUACAGAGAGAAGGACACCAGCAAGAGGCACGUGUUGGAGGAGGAGGACAGCGAGGAAGAGGAGGAGGAGGCAGCAGGGGAAGAUGAGGAAGGGGAAGGGGAGCCAAACAUGGAGGAGCUGCUGGAGAACAGCUGGAACAUCGCACAGUUCCUGCCCCAGGCUGCCUCCUGCCAGAGCUACUUCCUGAUGAUUGUGUCGGCCUACGUUGUGGCCGUGUACCACAGCAUGAAGGAGGAGCUGCGGCGCAACGCCCCUGGGAGCACCCCAGUCAAGCGGAGGAGCACCAGCCAGGUGUCCCAGGAGGUGCUGGGGGAGACAGGGGCCAUGCCUGGCAUGAUCACCUUCUCGCAGGAUUAUGUGGCUAAUGAGCUCACCCAGAGCUUCUUCACCAUCACCCAGAAGAUCCAGAAGAAGAUGGCUGGUUCUCGUAACGCCACUGAGCCUUCAGACAUGUUCCCGGUGCUGCCUGGCUCCUACUUGCCGCUCAAUAACCCAGCUCUGGAGUUCAUCAAAUAUGUUUGCAAGGUCCUCUCUCUGGACACCAACAUAACCAACCAGGUGAACAAACUGCGCCGGGACCUGCUGCGUCUCAUCGAGGUGGGCGAGUUCUCAGAAGCAGCUCAGUUUCGGGACCCUUGCCGCUCCUACAUGCUCCCUGAAGUCAUCUGCAGGAACUGCAACUUCUGCAGGGACCUGGACCUGUGCAAGGACCCUGCCCUCUCCCAGGAUGGGUCGGUGCUGCCCAGCUGGGUCUGCUCCAAUUGCCAGGCACAGUACGACCCUGAUGCCAUCGAAACAGCCCUAGUGGAAGCCCUGCAGAAGAAGCUGAUGGCCUUCGUGCUGCAGGACCUGGUGUGCAAGAAGUGUCAUGGUGUAAAGGAGACACACAUGCCCGUGUACUGCAGCUGCGCUGGAGACUUCACCCUCACCAUCUCCUCCCAGGACGACGACAAGGUGUAA